CGCGGCGGAGGGCGGGCGCAGUCCGGUGCGGAGCGGCCAUGACGGCGCACAGCUUCGCGCUGCCGCUCGUCCUCUUCUCCGCCUUCUGGGGCCUCGUGGGCAUCGCCGCGCCCUGGUUCGUGCCCAAGGGGCCGAACCGCGGGGUGAUCAUCACGAUGCUGGUCACCACGGCCGUGUGCUGCUACCUGUUCUGGCUCAUCGCCAUCCUGGCCCAGGCCAACCCCCUGUUCGGGCCGCAGCUGAAGAACGAGACCAUCUGGUACGUGCGCUUCCUCUGGGAGUGAGCAUCCCUGGGAGCUGGCGCCUCAGCAGAGACCCCCACCAAAUCCAUCACCCUCUUGUAGUUGUUCCAGCCUCUCCCCUCCUGUACCAAACAGCCCCCAGAGGUGCUGGACAGAGGCUGGACCCGCUGCCCAAGCACACCUGGAGCACUGCAGCCUGGACCGAUGGAUGGCUGGGCCCCCAAGCACAGCAGACAGCAUCCCUGGACAAGGGCCUACCGAUCCAGUCCUAGGAGCAGCCACGCUACCAGGGAGAGAUCCC